CUGCUCAGUUCAUCUUUCUCGGAGUUCGGCCGCAAUUUUCUCUGAAACCUCGAGUCCAAGUUGUUUUUCUGGAUUGGAAACCCUAGUUUGUGAAUUCCAUAUUUCGAAAGGAAUUCAUUUGCUUUCUGACUGAUUGACCGCAUUUCUCCUCACUGCCACUCCUGUUUUCGUUCAUUGUGAGUUCUUAAUUCGCUGUUCUAUCGUUUCAAUUUGGCGAAGAAUUGCAUAUCAGAUACCUGCAUUACGUUCCUUGAAUCUGGACUACGACUUCCACAGGUGCGUGGAUUUUACUGUAUCAAUUGUGGUUAUUGCUGAUUUUCGACCCUAAGGCUUUUCUCUGGACUGUGAAAUUCUUCCUGAAUUGCAUACUCCGUAGUUCGAAAUUUCUCUCGUCACUCAAAUCAAGAAUAAGAGAAACUUUUCCAUUCUGAAGUUUUCUGUGUUAUAUUAGUUGCGGAAGAAUAAAUCCAAGUUUGUUUGUUUGUUUGUUUGUUACUUUGGAUUUUCUUCCUGGUGUGCUUCAUGUCAUUACGUUUUCAGAAGAAUCUUAAGAGAAUUUGUGGUGUUCUUGAUCGUUGUAAACUAUUUGCUUAUUUUCAUGUAUCCUCUGAAAAUUUUUCGUCUCCGCUGGAAUCUUCCAUUUCUAUAAGAGCUAGAGAUUUGCAGCAAAUAGUUCAAUCUGAAUGUCAGACAAAGCUUUCUGAUAUUGAUUUGAUCAUUUCCAAAGUUCGGGUUGGUCGCAGCGAGGAUGAAGUUUUUCAGUCUCUCUUGCACGAUCAAGCGUGUAACCGCAUACACUUCUCCCAUGAACUUGUUUACAAAUUGCUCCAACGAUUCAAAGAUGAUUGGAAGUCUGCAUUGGGUGUUUUUAGAUGGGCAGAGUCACUCUCUGGAUUCAAGCACACACCGGAUUUGUAUGACGUUAUUAUAGAUACAUUGGGGAAAACAAAGCAAAUGGUCAAGAUGAAAGGUAUGCUAGAAGAAAUGAAGGAAGCUCAGCUCGUAACGCUUAAUACUCUAGCUAAGGCUAUGCGAAGGUUUGCCGGUGCUGGACAAUGGGAAGAUGCUGUGAGAAUAUUUGAUGAUUUGGGAACGUUUGGGUUGGAGAAGAACACUGAAUCCAUGAAUGUGCUGCUUGAUACUCUGUGCAAAGAGAAGAGGGUUGAACAAGCUCGACGGAUAUAUUUGGAUCUUAAGUCCCAUAUAUCCCCAAAUGCCAACACGUUCAACACGUUUAUUCAUGGUUGGUGUAAAGUCAAUAGAGUUGACGAGGCACACUGGACGUUACAAGAAAUGAAAGGACAUGGUUAUCGUCCUUGCGUCAUUAGUUAUUCAACGAUUAUCCUAUUUUAUUGUCGUCGUUGCAAGUUUAGUAAGGUUUAUGAGUUGCUUGAUGAAAUGGAUGCUCAAGGAUGCCCUGCAAAUGUCAUCACUUACACUACUAUCAUGUGUUCACUAACAAAGUCAGAAGAAUUUGAGGAAGCCUUGCAAAUUGCUGAGAGAAUGAAAUCUGCUGGAUGUGAACCCGAUACGCUGUUUUAUAAUUGUUUGAUCCAUACAUUAGGGAGAGCGGGUAAAGUACAGGAAGCUAUUCAUGUAUUCGAAGUAGAAAUGCCGAGCAAGAGUGUUUUGCCGAAUACAUCGACUUACAAUUCUAUGAUUUCCAUGUACUGUCAUCGUGCGCAAGAACAGAAGGCUAUGAAAUUGCUUGAGGAGAUGGAGAAAUCAGGGCUUUGUAAACCUGAUGUCCAGACAUAUUACCCAUUGCUCAAAUCCUGCUUUAGAACUGGAAAGACAGACAAUGUUUUGAGCAAGUUGUUGGAUGACAUGAUGAAUAAACAGCAUUUGAGUCUUGAUAUAUCAACUUAUUCCCUUUUAAUUCAUGGUCUUUGUAGAUCAAAUAAGUGCGAGUGGGCUUACCAGCUAUUUGAGACGAUGAUCGGUCAAGAUAUAAAGCCGAGAUACCUUACAUGUAAACUGCUUCUGGAUGAAGUUAAGCAGAAGAACAUGGAUGAAGUUGCUGAGAGGAUUGAAGAUAUCAUGAAGAAAUUGUGAGCUUCUGAGUAACAAAUCUGGAUUUUUGUGCACGGUAGGCAUAGGCGACGGAGUUGAUCAUUCGUGAUUUUGUUAUCUGAGUGUCGUCUUAAUUUUAAUUUGGUUGCUCGAGAUGCCUCCAUUCUCACUUUGUUGGACGAUAUAGAUCGUUGGGUCAAGUGAUUGGGUGUCGAUGAAGUAACUGUUGGUUUUCAAGAGGAUUGAUCAAUUGGAAUUGAAGAUAUCAUGAAGAAUUGAUGAGUAACAAACCUGUGAGCUGGAAAAAGCAUACCCUUCUCGUCUAGAUUUUUGUGCUCGAUAGGCAUAGGCGACGAAGUUGAUCAUUCGUGAUUUUGUUAUUUGAGUGUCGUCUUAAUUUUAAUUUGGUUGCUUGAGAUGCUUCCGUUCUUACUUUGUUGGGCUCAUAAGCACAUGGGAUAUAGAUCGUCGGGUUGGGCGAUUAGGGGUCGAUGAAGUACGUGUUCGUUUUCAAGAGGAUUGAGGUUGCGAGUUUUCGUGACUCUUAAACUAUGCAGAUGAACUGGUCUAUGCUUCUGGUAACUGAUAUGUUCAGGAGUAAAUAUGUUGAAAUUCCUCGCUUUUCUGAUGUCAUUUGUUCACUCUACAACACACCUUUGUUAAAUGUGAUGCCAAAGAACAGUUUGUAACAAACUGAGCU